AUGACCGGAAAGGGUAUGAUUGUCACUAGUCGACAAGCCACUAAUGCAGCAUCCCCUCUUCUCUCCUCUCUCUCGGCCGCUCCACUCGCUGCCCAGAGCUGCCCUAAAAUCUCACCCAGUCCACGCCGACGGCCACAGCCAAACAAUGUGGCUGCUACACCGAAGAACGUUGGUCCAGGGCCACAAGCGAAUCGCGAACUGCAUCAUGCGAUAUGCUCCGUUAGGAUCCAUCCGCUGGCUGACCCGCCCUCCACACCCAGCCUUGAUGAUCCCUGUCGGGGGGCCCAGCUGGUGCCUAAGGAGGAGGCUAUGGCAGUUAUCCGGCCUGGCGACCGUGUCUAUCUAUCCCUAACCCAGUGUUUUGCCCAUUCCGCAACUGCCCUCCCUUCUUCCCGCCUGGGACCCACGGGGCCAUUGCGACGAACAUGA